GCCUCUGCUUCAGCCUUACUGUGAGUCUGCCUGUGCAUCAGACCUCUUCUGUCUUUCAGGUUGACAACAGCUUCUAAGAUGUCCCAGCAACACACACUGCCAGUGACCCUCUCCCCUGCCCUCAAUCAGGAGCUCCUCAAGACUGUUCCUCCUCCAGUCAAUACCCAGCAGGAGCAAAUGAAGCAGCCAACUCCACUGCCUCCCCCGUGCCAGAAGGUGUCUGUCGAGCUCCCAGUGGAGGUCCCAUUAAAGCAAGAGGAAAAGCACGUGACUAUUGUAAAGGGAGUGCCUGAGCAAGAAUGUGAGGAGCAGCAGCAGGAGCCACAGAAGCAGGAGCUGCAGCAACAGCACUGGGAACAGCAUGAGGAACAUCAGAAAGCAGAAAACCCAGAGCAGCAGCUUAAGCAGGAGAAAGCACAAAAGGAUCAGCAGCUAAAGGAACAGCUGGAAGAAGAGAAGAAGCUCUUAGACCAGCAACUGCAUCAAGAGCUAGUCAAGAGAGAUGAGCAACUGGGAAUGAAGAAAGAGCAACUGUUGGAGCUCCCAGAGCAGCAGCAGGGGCACCUGAAACACCUGGAGCAGCAGGAGGGGCAACUGGAGCUCCCAGAGGCAGCGCAGGAGGGACAGCUGAAGCACCUGGAGCAGCAGGAGGGGCAGCUGAAGCAUCUGGAACACCAGGAGGUGCAGCUGGACCUCCCAGAGCAACAGGUGGGGCAGUUCAAGCAUAUGGAGCAGCAGGUGGAGCAGCUGAAGCACCUGGAGCAGCAGGAGGAGCAGCUGGAGCAUCUGGAGCAGCAGAAGGGGCAGCUGGAGCAUCUGGAGCAGCAGGAGGGGCAGCUGGAGCACCUGGAGCAGCAGGAGGGGCAGGUGGAGCAUCUGGAGCAGCAGGAGGGGCCGCUGAAGCACCUAGAGGAGGAGAAGGGGCAGUUGAAGCAUCUGGAGCAGCAGGAGGGGCAACUGGAGCUCCCAGAGCAGCAGGUGGGGCAGCUGAAGCACCUGGAGCAGCAGGAGGAGCAGCUGGAGCAUCUGGAGCAGCAGAAGGGGCAGCUGGAGCAGCAAGAGGGGCAGCUGGAGCACCUGGAGCAGCAGGAGGGGCAGGUGGAGCACCUGGAGCAGCAGGAGGGGCAGCUGAAGCACCUAGAGGAGCAGAAGGGGCAGUUGAAGCAUCUGGAGCAGCAGGAGGGGCAACUGGAGCUUCCAGAGCAGCAGGGGGAGCAGCCAAAGCACCUGGAGCAGAAGGAGAAGCAGCUGGAGCUCCCAGAGCAGAAAGAGGGGCAGCUGAAGCACCUGGAGAAGCAGGAGGCACAGCUGGAGCUCCCAGAGCAGCAAGUGGCACAGCCAAAGCACCUGGAGCAACAGGAAAAGCAUCUAGAGCACCCAGAGCAGCAGGAGGGACAACUAAAACAUCUGGAGCAGCAGGAGGGGCAGCUGGAGCAGCCCAUGUUUGCCCCAGCUCCAGGCCAGAUCCAAGACAUCCAACCAGCCCUGCCCACAAAGGGAGAAGUAUUUCUUCCUGUAGAGCAGCAACAGCAGCAGAAGCAGGAGGUGCAAUGGCCACUCAAACAUAAAUAACCACCUGCAAUCCAGAGGCCCUUAGAUCGUCUCAUACAAGGGAAGAGAGAACCACUGGCCCCACUUAUUUCGGGUCCCCUAGGUGGCCCGUCUCAUCUGUGAACUUGACUCUGUCCGUCUACAUGUCUCUUUAAUGGGGUGGGGGUGGAAGAGAGGUAAUUAUUGUCCAGUGCCACCCCCAAUGAGCCCAAUCCCAACCUCAGGUGAGCAGAGCCUCUACUUGAGGGACUAUUGUCACUAUAGGAAUCCUUAUUUCCCCAGUGUUGAAGCUGAAUCGGUGAGUGUGUACAAUGAUCCAUAAUAAAUCCUGGGAGUCUUGGGA